GCUUGUGUCUAACACGCCGUCGCUUCCUGGUUACAGGGGGACUACCGAGCAACAUUUCCGGGAGUGAUGGUCAGUUAUUUGAGUUCAGUCGCGCGGGUCGCUGAAGGAUCAUGCUGAUUCUCAUCUCACGGUUAUUAUUUAUGGCGGCGGUGUGGCGUGUGGCAGAAGGGAAGACACUUCUGCCAUAUGGAUCAGAUGGACCAUGUGACAACGCAGCCUCCGAAUAUUACGUUAAAAACCUGAAACUGUGCUGCAGUAGAUGCAAACCAGGGACUCAUCUGAAGGAAGAGUGCACGAGUAAUUCGGACACUAUCUGUGAACCCUGCCAAGAUGGACGUUACUCAGAAAAAAUGAACCAUUUUUCCAACUGUUUCUCUUGUCCAAAGUGUAGAGAUGUGAAAGGACUGAUUUAUGGCACAAACUGUUCUGCUGAUACCAAAGCUGUUUGCGUUUGCAAGCCUGGGAUGUUCUGUUCUAAACUUAGUUUCAAUCAAGAAUGUGAGGAAUGUAAAAAAUAUAGAUCCUGCAAACCUGGUGAAUAUGUCUCCAAAGAAGGAUCACCUAUAUCUGAUUUCAAGUGUGCAUCGUGUCCGUCUGGAACGUUUUCAAACCACUGUAAUGCUGAGCAGUGUAAACCACACACACAAUGUGAAGGCAGGUCAUUUUUAAGACUUGGCAACUCUACAACUGACACAUUGUGUGAGAUGACGCCACCACCAUCAACAACAACUGCUCCUCUUCAGAGCUCCUCUUCAAAACAACAUAGUACAUUAUGGAGCCAAAACGAGAGGAAACAGCGCAUGAACAAGACCACCACAUCUCUGCCUCCAUUGAGCAGCAAGACACCAAACACAUCAACAACACUCAUCAAAACUCCGUUCUAUAACUCAAUAGACAUGAUCUACUGCAUUGUCAUUGUUGUUUGCGUGCUGGUUUUGCUGACAUUGACAGGGUUGGUGAUUAUCACUUGCAAGUUUCGAAAGAGGAAAGCAGGUUUACAAAAGGUUCCGAUCACAGAUGCCAACAAGCCGGAACAGGAUGCCCCAGCGAAUGGCACACCUGAUUGUCAGCACCUGUUACCCAACGACAGGUGCCAGAAGGAGCCGUCCAUGACUUCAUCGGACAGCCAGAGUCAGCCAGACUCAAGUCACAGCAGCGCUGACUGGCUGGAGCGCACCAGUCAGGAGGAGUCCAUACCGGAGCAGCCGUCUGUCUCCAGCCCCAUGGUCAAUCUCAGCAUCACAGCCACCUUCAACUGCCAGCUGAACCCGACGUCAGCGUCCUGCUCCAUCCCUCUCAACACAUCUGCACGGACACCCCAUGUUGAAGCUCCGGUGCCGCUUUCUCAAGAAGAGGUCUGUAUAUCCUGUCAGCAAGAGGACGGCAAAGAAGCUCUGCAGUCAGUGCAGGAAAGCGACCCGUGUGUCUUCUGAUUGGACUGAUCAAAUGUGUACAUUCAGAGAAAUGCACUUGCGAGUUCCUAAAUGCAAUGUAAUGUAGAGCUCUGCAUUUCAGCCCGGUCCCGAUGGGCCCCGACUCUUUUAUGCCUCUAGGGCCGGGCUUCGAUCGGGCCAAUUUUCACGUCAAAGUUCAGACGCGUACCGGGCCUCGGGCCUGUUUUAGGCUUCUCCUUAUUUUUAUAUUUUAGACAUCCUUCAAUUAGUGAUGAAAAAAAAAAUGCCGCGCUAGUGGAAACGACACGAGACGUGCCACUGCGACUGUGAAGAGCGGCUCGACGGUGUUUAGUGUCCUGCCAGCAGCAGCAGCGAGUGCCAUCAGCGCAGCUGAAGAGUUCUGCGUCCAAAUGCACGCAAUAGGCUAAAGUAAUUACCACGAAUGUGUCCAGGGGAAAUAGUAAGGAGAUAUUUGAAUUAAUUACUAAUAGUGUUUUCUGAGUCCGUUGAAUGAAGGAUGAAGUUACCGAUCCUGACUCGCCAUCUCCUCAUUAGAUGCGCCUUUAGAGAGAAAUGCAUCUUUAUGGAUUAUGAUUAUAAUGAAAGAGUUUUUGUUUUAUUUCGUUAAGUAGUAAUUUAAAGCUUUCUAUAGAUAUAUAUCAGAGAUAUAUCAUCUUUUUCAUCAGAGAUCAUAUCAUGUUUGAGAGGCUCGUAUUCGCUGAGUUUCGGUUCAUUUUUGUGAUGCGUUCCUGUUCAAGACGAGACGUUUUUCUUUAUUUUAUAAAAGCACAAAGUUUUGUUGAUAUUGUGAGUGCACACAAAUAAAAGUAGGCCCUUUACAGUUCCGAAUGAUGUAGGCUAUUACUCUUACCUUUAUGAGCAAAAAUGACCGUGUAUCCACUGAAAAAAAUGCAUGCCCUGUCCUGCAAAGCGCGCUUUAGCUUUCACUCUCCACACAAACUAUUGGAUACAGCACACAUUUAUCUAGGUUUAAAGUUCAAACAGUGUUAUAUGCUUGAUUUGAGAAGGCUAAAUUGAUCAAACGUAGGCUAUGAUAAACUUACUGUCUGCCGCUGGCCGCUUGGUCGUUACUUUAAAAAACAAAAACUUAUAAGAAACAAAAAAUGCUCCAAACCUUUCUCUAAAUGCACUUAAUAAAAAAAAACGAAACGAAAUAUGAUCACUUUGCCAUUACAUACGAAACUGAACUAUUUUAAUAGCUGAAAGGUAGUAUAAGCUGUUUUGGGAGAAGGGGAAAAAAGACGUACGGGCUCGGGUCAGACUCGGGCUGGUAAUUCUGAUAAGCUGUCGGACACGGGCCUAAUUUUGAGGCCCAUGCAGGGCUCUAAUGUAAUCUUAAACAGAUAAAAAAAGACAUGUAUUGCAAUUGCAUUAUUUUAAAAAUAUUUAAAUUAAACUUUAAAAUAAAAAUUUUCUGGCUCUCGGGCCAUCCAAGAUGUAGAUGAGUUUGUUUCUUCAUGGAAACAGAUUUGGAGAAAUGUAGCAUUAUAUCACUUGCUCACCAAUAGAUCCUCUGCAGUGAAUGGGUGCCAUCAGAAUGAGAGUCCAAACAGCUGAUAAAAACAUCACAAUAAUCCACAAGUACUCCACACCGCCCCAGUCCAUCAAUCUUUCAAAUAAAGCUGUGAAACAAACCCAUCGCUAAGACGUUUUUAACUGUUACUUCCAGCUAAAUUAUGAGUCAUUGAAAUUAUUCAUAAUACUGCUUUCUCCAGUGAAAAUGUCAUUUCGUCUGAAUCAGGAGAGAAAUAUGCACGGAUCAAGCUCUGUUUACAAGCGAAAACAGUUCUGAACAAAUAUGUUAGUGGAUUUUAAUUUGAGAGGACGACAGGGGAUGCAAUUUUUCACUGGAGGAAGUGUUAUUAUGAUGUAUGGACUAAUAUUUUGGAGGAUCCAUUGGUGAGCAAGUGAAGUAAAGAUAAUUUUUUCCAAAUGUGACCCAAUGAAAAACAAACUCAUCUAUAUCUUUAAUGGCCUGAGGAUGAAUCAGUUUUCAGUAAUUUUUCAUUUUUGGGCGAACUAUUCCUUUAAUACGUAAAUCUGACAUGUAAAAUAGAUUGAUAUGUAAGCACACAUAUUACUAAAGCGCUAAUUAGUGUUUUUCUCUGUCCGAUGCUUGUAUCUGAAGGCAGAUUUAGUUUUGUUUAGAGUAAAUUGCAUUCACACAUAAUUGCUGGCACCCCUAAAAAAGUAAUAAUUUGCAUUAGAUUUUAUGCCAAAAGUCUAUUGCGCAAAACUCACUAAGUAGGUUAAGGUUAAGCUACUCUUCAGUAACUGUCAUUGACAUUUGAUAAGGAAAAAGUUAUUACACCUCCCUGGCGAGACUAAAUCAAUGAUAUUUCUACCAAUAUAGACAUAUGAAGCUAGCGCCUCCCAGUGGUUGUUAAUUUCUCUACCUCUCAAAUUUCCAAGGUGUUCUACUAUCAUACUGUUUAUAUUUUGUCAUAUCAUUUAUAGACUCACUGAAUGUGUUUUGUGGGAUUACAUGAGAUGAAUGAAAAAUGAGUACAGCCUUCUAUUACAGCACAGGUUGUCCAACACUUUUAGAUGUUAUGUAUCUAAAAAUAUUAUAUUUCUUAGAUAUUAUAUCUGAAGAUAUUACAAUGGAGAAUCAACAUUUUGCAUAUAUUGCAUUGGCAAGUACAUUGUCAAAAGUUAUGGCAGAAUAUGUAUAUACUUCUACAUUAAACAAUGUUUUUCAACUUGUAAAUUAAUGUUUUUUGUAAAGUUUUUGUAUAUGCACUUUUAUAAACCACAGUUCUAUUCACAA